AUGGCGGCCCACGAGUUGGAUGUUUUCAGCUUAACCGAUAUCACCGAAAUCCAACAAGCCUAUGCGCAAAUUCACCUUCACGAGCAAAAAUUGAAUAAUGAGCUUGAUGCCAUCUUAGACAACCAGCCAAGGCUUGAUGCAAAACUAAAUACACUACAGAAUGUUAUUCCUAACCUGCAGUUAGUGAUGAGAGAUGCCCAGCAUUUGCACACCAUGAUUUCCAACACUUCAGAUUUAGCUGAAAAGGUCAGCAGUAAAGUACGACUUCUGGAUCUUGUUAAGAACAGAGUUCAAGAAACAAUCAAACAAGUGGAUGACAUUCUUGAUUUAAAGGCCUGUGUAGAUGGUGUACAGACUGCACUUAACACUGACCACUUUGAGCAGGCAGCAGCACAUAUUCACAGAUAUCUCAAUCUAGAUGAACAGGUGCUCAAGGAGGUAACAGGCGAUUCAAAAGAAGGUUCUGAUAUAGCAGGAGCAUUUGCAUUACUCCAUGAAGCAGAAGCAAAACUAAAAAGAAUAGUUCAUGAUAAGUUUGAGGCCGCGAUACAAAAUGGUGAUCGGAACUCUGUUGAAAGGUUUUUCAAGAUUUUUCCAUUACUUGGUCAGCAUCAAGUUGGACUUCAGAAGUAUGGAGGAUACUUGUGCUCCCAGAUAGCUGCUCAAUGCCAGAAGAAUCUGGACAGUGCUGUUGCUAUCAAGGAAUCAGAUCGUCAAGCUAAUGUUGUGUUUGCCAACACGCUCACCUUGCUGUUUGAGAACAUUGCACGCAUGGUGGAGGAACAUCAGCCAUUUGUAGAGACUUACUAUGGUCCUGGUAAAAUGUUUAUUUUGCUGCAAGCUAUGCAGGCUGAAUGUGACAGACAAGCUAUUCAAGUGGUGGACCAGUUUCUCAAAAAGAGACAGUUCAAAGAAAAGUUUAAGUCAGUGCAGGGUAGUCAAACAUUCAAAGGUUCUUCUGCUAAUCUUGAAAGAUAUGACCCAAGAGAACUUGAUGUUGUUUUGAGGGAAGUUGUUGUUAUGAAUGCAAGGGCAGAGAUGUAUUUGAGAUUUCUGGAAAAAAGGAUCACUGAUGAUGUGGAAAAUGUACCAGAAGAGGAAAAGACUGAAGAAUUGUUAGGAAUUCAAGACAAAGUGGUUUCCAACUGUGAGCUCAACAGAAAAAUGCAGGAGCUGAUUGGAAAUUACAUUUACAUGGAAGAGUAUUUUAUGAGGGAAACUGUCAUGAAGGCUGUAAAGAUGGAUGUUACAGAGGGUGGUGAUGAUGAAGCUGUCACAUCCAGCAUGGUGGAUGAUGUUUUCUUUAUUGUGCAAAAGGCUGUCAGGCGUGCUCUGUCAAGUUCUAGUGUAGAUGGAACAUGUGCAAUGUUAAAUCAUGCUUGUGCUCUUCUGUCAUCUGAUUACCGCGAUGUACUAACAUCCAGGUUAAAAGCUGGUUUCCCAUCUGGCAGUCUCGAUUUGUCUGGAAUGUUACAAGGGAAGAUACAAGUGGGUUACUCCUCAACUGCUGAGAACGCAGCUGCUAGGAAGGCUUUCCUUGUGAGUGUGACACGGUUGUUAGCAUUAUUUGGAUUGUCACGUAACACUUCUUUGUCACUCUAAGAAGUGUUACAACUUUUCUUCCUCGCUGUGACAGUCGUCACAGAAUGCUACCUGUUUCACGCCAAAUCGAGUUCGCACCUACGAAGUUCGCAUCCCUGAAAUCAUUUUAAACUUUCCAUGUCGAGUUCGUCUUCACCUUCAAUGGAUUAAAGAACGAGAAAUGAACAUGUCUUGCACAUGUGAUUUUGCAAGUUUUAAGCACUUGAUCGCUAGUUGAGUCGAUGUGGAGGUGAACUCGGUGGGCGUGAAACCUCAAGCUACGUCAUCACCGAGUGCUUCUUCACAUUUCUGAGAACCCUUACGCUCUUCUUCUUUCCUAUUGCCAGAGCCAUUGCAUCGUAAAUCAAAUAUCAGCCUACUCUUGAAGUUCUAAAGAGGUCAACAUCUAAUCUCUCCUCGCAUUAUCAAUUCAUCGUUAAGCUGUCAGGUUAUGAGAAUAAAGAAAGUCAUCAACUAGGAGAUAUGGUCUUGAUGUAACACUAAAUUCUCAAAAGUAGCAGUGAAAGAAAAUGUAAAGCAAUGUUUAAAGAACUCAAGGGAUUUGUCGCCAUCGACUGGAGCU